AUGGUAUUCUACCCAGACAACCAGGGCCGUGCCCGACGACUCGAACAGCUUGUUAACAGCACCGUUAACAUGCAAACCGACAUCCAGUACAGCGGCGACCAGUUGAAGAAGCAAACCAAGUCGAUGCAGUCCGAAAUCGACAAGAUUUUCAAACAAGAAGGAAUCGACACCCUUGAUGAUUUGUAUAACAAGGCGUCUUCUGUUCUCCCAGAAAGUGACAUCGCAACCUUCCGAGCACUCGUCGACGCAGCCAAAAAGAGCACCAAACUGGAUGUAACCACCCUAACCACCGGACUUCUAUUGCCGUUCACUCUUGGGGCAGGUGCAACGCCGGUUGCUAGUGCGGGUCGGUUCAUUGUGAGGACUGCGUUAAUCGACUCUCUUGGUACUUUCUUCAAAUCGGCCGCACAGGGAGAAAAGGCUGCCCAGACGGCGGCGGAGGCGCUCUCCAAGCUGACCGAAGAGACGUCCGAGGCGAUUAAAGGCAAGUAUUUCCAUUUGCUCAUCGACCGGCAAUGCCAAGCUGCGUCCGCCGCUGCCAAAGCAGGCACCGAAGGCGCUGCUGCUGCCGCCGAGGAAGCUGCACAGGCAGCGAAGUCAGUCAGCAAACUUGCUGCUGGGCUUCGAGUUAUCACAGCUGUCGGCUUCUGCAUCACGGCUGUCAUGAUGAUCAUGGAGGCAGUCGAAGGCGCGCAACAGAAGACGAAGUUGAUCGAUGGAAUCCACAAAUGCCAGCCAGCUCGACUAUGCGUUGCGUACUUCAAAGCCGAAGCCGAGAACAUUACACAGCGUACCGAGCUCAUCCGCCAGUAUCUUGAGGCACUAAGUUCCUCGAAGGAAGACCCAGAUGCGAAGGCAGCCGCCGAGCUGUAUCGUAAGAAGAUCCUCGAAGAACUCCAGAAAGCCGAUUUCGAGAUCGACUGGAGACAGCUGGAAACGAAGUUGCGCAACUCAGACGUUAAGGAUGCCUCGUUCUAUGGGGCCAAUGAUUUGCAUUUCGAAGAUGUUAUUCGCCAAGCGAGGCAAAUGGAGCACGAGCAGUCUGCGUGAUUACUGGUAUACCUCGGUAUUGUAGAUUGGAAUAAGAAUCUUAACUCGGUGU